AUGCAGACCGCAUACAUCGAAUACGGGCUGAGUCGACUGUUCGCCAGCGCAAAAGGGCGCGACGCACGGCUUUUCACCAAAGGCCCUGCAUUUGCCAAAAUCCCCAAGCCCACCAUCGAACUCGCGUCUGACACAGCGUCUGGAUCGCAAUUGCACGUGGACCAGUCGGCUGAAGGGGCCGAGUUCCUGAUUGUUAGCGAGGAUCCCGACGCGCCCUUGCCAAGUCCGAUCAUUCAUGGCAUCUACUAUGGUAUCCCAGCCACCACUACUUCCGUCACGAAUGCGGAUUUCGAGGCUGAGGGCGAGUAUGCGUUGAAAGGCGGGUUCCGAUAUGGCAAGAAUCGGCGUGGGAAUAUCUAUAUCCCGCCUCGACCCUUGCUUGGACAUGGCGAGCACAGAUAUUUCUUUACUUUGGUCGCGCUCAGUGCGCCUAUUGAUUCGAGCAAAUUGAGUGAUCUGCCAACAAUACAAGAGAUUGCGCAGGCAGUUGAGGGCAAUGUGGUUGGGUGGGGGGAAUGGGUGGGUGUGUUUGAGCGCAAGUGGGAUUGA